AUGCCGCAGGCUGUGCGUUUAGUGGAUGCCGGCAACACCCUGGUGGAGCUGCGCUCAAAUUUGACUGAACCAUUCAUCCGUGCAGUAGCUGCUCGGCAUGCGCAAAGAGAAGAUGCUGAGGAGGAGGAGCUUGGACAAGCCCUGGGUCAACAACAAGUGCGGCGUUAUCACCUAAGCACCGUCUACCGGGAGGCCUGGCUGUCGGAUUGCUACAAGAAAGACUGUUUGAAUUGA